AUGAGCAAUGCAAGUCGUGACGUCACCAUUAAGAUAACCUUUUCCAACAAGGUUGUUGUGACUCGACGACCAAACAGUUCUCAUGUCUUCAGUGGUGAGACGAUCACUCUGACAUGUGAGGUCCAGGGAGGAGAAACCACUGAGUGGAAGUGUGACUGGAACAGAGAUGGAUCACUUGUAAACAGGACAAAUAGUAAAGACUGGAUGUUCAAUAUUUCUGAGUCCAGCAGUGGAAACUACAUGUGUCGGUGCAGACGCAGAGACGACUGGUUUUCUUCAACACAGUGGAGUGAAGCCUUCACUCUGUCUGUAUCAGAUCCCAAUAAACCCAGUUUGGUUCUUCAACCCAACUGGUCUCAGAUCUACAGAGGAGAGAAAGUCACUCUGAGAUGUGAGAUCCAGGGAGGAACUCAGUGGACGUAUGAAUGGAGAACAACCAAUAGAAACUCUCCAUCAUCCAGUGAAUACAGGAUCAACUCAGCUACUGAUGCUGACAGUGGAGAAUACAGCUGUAGAGGAAAAAGAGAAGGGUUUUCCUUGACACCAUGGAGUAAUGUUGUUAAAAUAAUUGUGUGUAAGUUGAUUCUUUACAAAUAA